CGUCAGUCAAGUCCUCAAUCAAUGAAAUGAAAUCAUGUCAUUUUCUCGUUUGCCUUUGCAUUGAUUUGUAAAAGUGAGUAAUGUACAGUAGUAAAUAAAAUUAUUGCACUGAUAACCCCUACUUUGUGAUUGAAAUACAUUUUGCAAUUUUUCUUAUAGGUGUCACGGUUUUUUUGAUAUCAUGUGGCUCCUACCGAGUUUUCUGUGCCUUGUGGUGAUACUUCACUGCUCUUAUGCUCCACCUGUGACUCCAGAGCAUAAAGAAAGUGAGAUCAAAGAUGACCUUGAAGAAUACAUGGAAUACCAUCGCUAUUUGCAAGAAGUGGUCCAGGCACUAGAGAGUGAUCCCGAUUUUAGGGAACGCCUAGAAAAGGCUGAAGAAGAUGACGUUCGGUCUGGCAAAAUUGCAGAACAAUUAGAUUUUGUAAAUCAUAAUGUUCGGACGAAACUAGAUGAAAUCAAGCGUCGUGAAUUGGAGCGACUUCGGCAUCUUGCUACUAAGCAAUAUGAAUUAACUAACGACCUUGAUACACAUAUGGGUAAAGUCCCAUCGAACGAGCAUCUUGACCACGGAAACCCACACACUUUUGAGAUAGAAGAUUUGAAACGUUUGAUUAAAAAAACAACUGAGGACUUGCAAGCUGCUGAUAAACGAAGGGAAAAGGAAUUUAAGGAGUACGAGAUGCAGAAAGAGUUCGAAAAACAUCAGAAACUGGAGUCCUUGGAUGAUACUCAAAAGAAAGAGUUUUUGGAAAAUAUUAAAAAAGAGGAAGAAGCCAAGAAACAUCACCAACCUCUUCAUCACCCCGGCUCCAAACAACAAUUGGAGGAGGUCUGGGAGAAACAGGACCAUAUGGAUCAGAAAUUUGACCCCAAAGCAUUCUUCAUGAUGCAUGAUGUCGACGGUAACGGUGCCUGGGACGCUGAUGAAGUAAAAGCCCUUUUCAUCAAGGAGUUGGACAAGCUAUACGGACCGGGCGGCCCCAACAAGGAUUUGCACGAGAGAGCCGAAGAGAUGGAGCGCAUGCGCGAACACGUCUUCAAAGAAAACGACCUGAACCGCGACGGAUUGAUAGAGUUCAACGAAUUCCUGAUCAAGACUCAUAACCCUGAAUUCAACCAGGAUGAAGGCUGGAAAUCGAUUGAUGAAAACCAAAUCUACACCCAAGAUGAGUAUGCAGAAUAUGAAAGAAGGAGAUUAGAAGAGCUGAGAUACAUGCAACAACAUGGCUUGGUGGAUGCACACGGCCGUCCCGUCCCAGGUGCUCAACACAGGCUUCACCAGGCCUACCAGCAACAGCAGGCCCACCAGCAACAGCAGGCCUACCAACAACAGCAGGCCUACCAACAGGCCCAAGGACAGCAGUAUUACCAGCAGCACCAGGUCCCACCGCAAGGCUAUCAACAAGCGCCCGGUCAGGUUCCCCAGGAGUACCAAGGUCAAGCUCAACAGUACCAGCCACCGCAAGGCCAAGCCCAGAACAUCAACGUGAACCAAGGUCAACCGCUAGUCCAGCAAACCGUUCCGGCUCAAACCGCGCAAGGCCAAGUCCCCCCGCAAUCCAGCCAAGGCCAAGCGCCGCCGCCUGCUCCCGCUGCAGGCCUGAACCAACCCCCACCCCCUGCAGGCUCCCAAGGACAGCCAAAAGUUGAAGGUCAGGCACCUCAAACUCAAGGCCAAGCCCCAGUACAGGCACAGCCACCACAAGCUCACCAUCAAAGCGCUCAAUAAAGCUGCGGUGCAUAAUACAUAGCUCGUGAUAAUCUAUAUUAUCCAGUUGACAUCUCUUUUUGUUUCUAUCUUUCACAAGUGGUGCCAAAUUUAUUUCACGCUUUUGCAUACUGUAUUUAAAUUAUUCUCGCUGUUCACUAUUGACGAUAUUGUAGACUUUAAAUAAACAAAUUAAAUCCUGAA